AUGCGAAAUCAACUCCUUGCCUUUGUCUCCCUGCUUGCAACUAGCGCAUUUGCUAACGAUUGGACCCGCAUCGGCACUGCUGUUCACGCCGUCCACCCCCUGAGAGCGCGCCAGGAGGGCGGAGGCUCGUUUAAACCUGACCAGUCCAGCGGCUUUGGGGAUAGCUGCUCAUCCGCCUUCGGAAAAGACUACGUUCAGUGUGCAGCGACGGUUUGUUACAAUCCCAAAGCAGGGCAUACUUGCUGCUCUGGAGAAUAUGCCUGCCCAGGAAAUUCCUUCUGUCUUACUGCCGGCUACUGUUGUCCCAAUGGCCUUGACCGCGAGAGCUGCGCUAAGAAACUUGGUUUGUCCGCUCUACCUACCACUGUUGCUCCCACGAAGACCGCCUCCUCGACUACCGCUUACCCGACGACUCCUCUGCCAAUAACUACUCCUUCGCCCACCAAGAUCCCAGUUAAGAGCCCAGUUUCAACUAAGCCCAAAUCCGCAUGUUACCCCGUUUACCAUCCCCACCCGAGCAAAGGAUUUAACCACACGGUUAUUCCCACAACCGGCACUUACCCAACCGCAACACCCCCGCCGUUCACUGGAGCCGCCAAUCCACAAAACGUUGCUACCGGUGCUGUCGCAAUCCUUGGUUUUCUUAGUUUUCUUCAGAGCCUGUUGUAA